AUGCCUUCCCGCGGAAACCCCAACGUUCCCAACAAGCAGCGCAAGACCGCUAGCCGCGCGAAAGUCCAAAAGCGCAACGCCGCGAACAAGGUCUCCAAGAACCCUCGAGGAACAGCGAGAAGCGAUGUCCUGCACCCAACUAGUGGGCCCCUAGCACCUGUCUCGGGAAAGAAAGCCAGAAAGUUGCAGAAAUUGCAGAACAAUGCGAGAAGAAGAGCGCUAGAGAAGGCGAUGGAGCAAGAAGGAGAGGUUGAGAUGACAGAUGCACCGAAGACCACAAAAUCGAAAACCAAGCCAGAGAAGUCGACGGAGGAUCAGAUGGAGCUUGACGCGGUGUCGUGAGCUUGAGGAUCAAGAUGUUAGCGGAUGGGAUGAAAACAAGUUACUUCUCCUGGCGAGUGGUCACUACAGACCGCUGAGGGGUUGGAGACAUUGCAUAAUUGGCGUUCAGGAGAAUGGGAAUCGGAAAAGC